GGCUGACUGAGGGUCUUGCCCUGACCGCAGGGGGCGCACGAGGGGGAUCCCGGCACCCGCGCGGCGCCUACGCGGCUACUGCGACUCCCUGAAACCCCGGAUUCCACUGUCAGAAAAGAGGCCAAACUUCUGUCACCAUGGUGGAUGUGGCAUGUCUGAAUGACUGUGAAUUGCAAAACCAACUUCGAAAGCUUGGAUUUUCACCUGGCCCAAUACUACCUUCCACCAGAAAGUUGUAUGAAAAGCAGUUAGUGCGGUUGUUGGUCUCACCAUCAUCAUCUGCAAUGAAAAGACCCAGCAAGCUGGAUGGACCUCAGGACAGUGAUGACAGUGAAGAGAUUAAUAUCACAUUGAAAGGAAAUAUCACACUCUCAACAGAAAAAGGCAACGAACUCAAAAAGAGAUUCGAAGCUUCCACUGCUAACCCAAAACCUGUAGACAUCCACUGCCUGGAUUAUAAAACUUUCAGGGAAAUAAGGUGUGCUGCAAGACCCUCAAACACCAGAAUCCAAGAUGAGACUGUCCCCCAAAAGGAAGACUGCUACGGGGUGAACCAGAGUUCUGGGAGCAGCAAAGAAGGUUUUCCGCUGGGCUUGAAGCUUGCUGUGCUUGGCAUUUUCAUCAUUGUGGUGUUUGUCUACAUAACUGUAGAAAGGAAGCCACUGUUUGGUUAAGGUACUUUGGGAGCAAAGCAAUGAGCAUGUGAUUGACCAUUGCUCUGAGCGAGCCCUCCUGCUUUGGGAAGGAACCGAACAGCUACUCUGAAGGGGCAAGCCCAGCCUACAGCCAGUAGCCUUCCCUUGCACCACACUGCUCCUCGCACACAUCUGUACCUGGGCUC